CAAUUUCCGUUUUUCACUGUAAAUAAGAUAAUAAUUUGAGUGUUUAUUAAAGUUAAAUAUAUUUGGACGUUAUCUGACAAAUCACAGGGACCAAAAUGGUAAAUAGCAAGACUAAAGGCGAGCCCGAAGAGUCCAAUCGGAUGUGGGCGAGUGCUUCCUUCGUGGGUGUACUCAUCGUCAUUGGACUCCCUCUCUGGUGGAAGACUACGGAAGUGUACAGGGUAUCACUGCCAUAUGACAAGAUCAGCUCGUUCGAUACUCUGUCUCAUUCUAUCACCACGGAACUGACAGUGCUGGCGAAUGAUGAAGCCACUGCUGCGGAGAUAAUCAGACAAAUAGAAUAUGCUUUUAAAGAUUCCGAUGUAACGAAACUCAAGAUCACAAAGUCCUUGAUUUCGAAGCAACUGCUCUCGACCUUGGACGCCGUGGCUGAUGAGCACGAAGCUGUGGAAGAAGUAGGGGCAGUUUACGACCUGACCAAGCAUAACACCUUCUACGUGGUGCAAAGGAAACCACUUUUCCAGGAUACCUGGCUGGCUGGAGACAGGAUCAUGUUCUUCAGGGAUGCCAAGGCGUCUAACACAGUAGCCGAAGCCCUAAAACACGUAGUCUACCAGACUUCAGUGGUGGAAGGCGCGCGUUCUGAGGCAGCUGAUGCGGCGAGACAGACCAGGUUCCCGCCUGGCGCAGGGUACCAUAUUGUACUGUCUGUAGCGCAUCCUAGACCUGAUGCCCUGAAAGUGGAACUUGAUGCAGGUGAUGCUGUCGAAGACUACAUCGGAUCCUUCGUGGACGAGUUGAGUGUACUACACAACUUCACGCUCAAGUCACAGUGGCUCCAUCUACUGGACUUCGAUUUUCAAGCCAAAGAGGUUAAAGACACAAGUGAUUGGGGCCGCCAUUUUGCCGUGCGACAAGACAGGCUGCAUCUCCUACUGACCAAGUUGGAGGAACGCACGGCGACGCAUGUGUCCGAGCUGCCCACCAUCAACCUCGCUUUGUACGCCGUGCCCUGCGAGAGGGCGCCACUAGUCAUAUACGAUAGCGAUGGUAAAAAAGUUGCAUCUCACGUACAAGCAUUCAUGUCUCCGAAGUGGGGCGGCGUGGUGCUGGGCGGGCCAAGCGAGGCCGACUGCAGGGACGCCAACCCUGUUUGGAAACCCAACGUCAGGGUCAUCAUGGGCACCUUCAUAUCACAGCUCAGGAAGCUGCUGGGGAUUACUGAUGCGGUACAUGUAAAUGGGGCCCACUUAGAACCCCUCCGCUCAGUGACGCCACGCCAGUGGGAGAUCGACAACCUGCUCCGCAUCAGGACACUAGAACAGCUCACUUCCGCUGAGAGAACACUGCAGUCCUUGGCGCAGUUACUCGGUGAAAUAUCAAAUAUAGUGAUCAACGAUGAAGUAGGCGCUUCAAUCAACUCGGCCGUGGAGAGCAUCCAGCGUGCCAGCGAGUUAAUGGCUCGCGGUGACCUGCUUCAAGCUUACAACAUGUCGCAAAGCGCCUUCCUUGCUGCAGAAACGGCGUUCAUGGAACCUAGUCUUUUAGCUCUACUGUACUUUCCUGAUGACCAGAAGUACGCAAUCUACAUUCCACUCUUCCUGCCAAUAAUGUUCCCAGUGGUUUUAUCUCUAAAGAACUUGCUUCUGUGGUUCAGAGGCAAGCCCAUCCACAAGGAGAAGACAGAAUAAACCAGUACAAAUUUAUUUAUAGUUAACUUAAUUACAAUUAAU